CCAGAGACAUAUUUAAACAGGCCUCCAGCUCUGGUGCACCUGUCGUUGCUGCCCAUCUUUUCUUGGACGAUGAUGGCCCGUACAAAAUGUCAUAGACAGACGACGCUUGCAGGGUUACCCAACCACAUAGCGCCGGGCGGCCAAACUGACGUUUUUUGAAGGUAUGUAGCUAUCAAUGGAGCAGCAAAUUCAGUCUUCAGGGCGAGUCGUCAGGCAAAUACGACGCUGCUACCAGCUAAAGCACUUGUUGUUGCCGCGCAGAGCUACUGCGCAUCAUAGGCGAGAGAUAGUGGCCGAAUUGCCAAUAGGAAAGUAUUGCACCUAAUUUUCUGAACAUAAUUAACAACGGAAAAAAAUGGUAACCAAAAAAUCUUGUAACUGACAAUGAGUUUACAACUCAAUUAUAGUGGCAAUGGCAGUUCGGAGCGGGAGGACGCGGGAGGAACUGAUGAAACAGGUGAACACGACUUUGCGCUUAUAAAAGCUGGGGUUUUGGGAUUGAUUUUUGUCUUAGCCACAUGUGGGAAUUUGUGCCUUCUGCAUGCACUUUGGAGGAAGCGCAAGAUGAAUACAAGGACUCAACUGUUCCUUCUGCACCUGUGUUUUGCGGACCUAGUGGUCGCUUUCUUCCAAGUCCUACCGCAGCUCUGCAUGGAGAUUACGCACCGGUUCCGGGGCUCAGAUUUCGUCUGUAGGUCGGUGAAAUAUCUUCAGGUGGUUGGGAUGUUCGCCUCCACAUACAUGAUAGUGGCCAUGACCAUAGAUCGGUACCAUGCGGUCUGCAAACCCAUGGUGUCGUUCUUGAAGGGUUCUUUUAAGAGGUACGUCGCCAUAGGCGCAGCGUGGCUGAUCUCUCUGGCUUUCAGCACUCCGCAACUCUUCAUCUUCUCACUCCAAGAACUAGAGGACAACCUGUAUGAUUGUUGGGCGACAUUUAUCGAACCUUGGGGUUCUAAGAUAUACAUCAGCUGGAUUACUUUAUCAGUGUUUGUUCUCCCGGUUAUCAUCUUGCUGUACUGCCAGAUUAAAAUAUGCACGGGGAUAUACUUUAACAUGAAGAGAAAGGCGCUCCAGGCUUCCACGAGCGACAGGCGCACGGGCACCAAAGGGGUCUCGAGCGCGAUGUUGAAGACGGUCAAAAUGACAUUCGUCAUCAUUAUGGUCUACUCGAUAUGCUGGAGCCCCUUCUUUGUGGUCCAGUUGUGGUCUGCAUGGAGUCCCAGUACAGCGCCCACAAAUGGUCCAUUGUUUGUCAUCAUCAUGCUGCUUGCCAGUCUAAACAGCUGUACCAACCCCUGGAUCUAUCUUUACUACAGCUAGGAGACACUAUGUUGGACUAGCUCUGGCCCAGGGCACUACUUUCAGCUUCACAGAAGGCUCAGCAUCAGCAAGCUACACAUAACACCAUGGACCAGAGCUAUUGAUGGACCAUGUGGGCAAUAUGGGAACUCCUCCCACUCCAUUGCUUCACCUUGUACUGUAUAUAGCAUUUCUUUGAUGUCAUUGAAGACGCAUGGUUUAGACACAUGUAUAUAUUUUUAAAUAUCCUCGUUGAUUCAACGUCAAUAUUGGUAUGUCAAGCCGACCAUUUUAGCUCUCAGCAGUAAGCAAAUGUAAUGCAUAUUCUGUCAAGGGGCGGCAGGGUAGAGCGUUGGACUAGUAACCGGAAGGUUGCGAGUUCAAACCCCCGAGCUGACAAGGUACAUCUGUCGUUCUGCCCCUGAACAGGCAGUUAACCCACUGUUCCUAGGCCGUCAUUGAAAAUAAGAAUUUGUUCUAAACUGACUUGCCUGGUUAAAUAAAGGUAAAAUAAAAUAUUUAAAAAAGCUAAUAUUCUAUAAGAGGGGCAGGAACUGGAGCAGUAGAACAUUUGAGGUGGCGGGACUCAGUUCCAGUGAGCUCCUGUCCUAAUCAAUCACUGUUUAUCUGGGAUGAGUUCCUGUCCUAAUCAAUCACUGAUUAUCUGGGAUGAGAUCCUGUCCUAAUCAAUCACUGAUUAUCUGGGAUGAGUUCCUGUCCUAAUCAAUCACUGAUUAUCUGGGAUGAGAUCCUGUCCUAAUCAAUCACUGAUUAUCUGGGAUGAGAUCCUGUCCUAAUCAAUCACUGAUUAUCUGGGAUGAGUUCCUGUCCUAAUCAAUCACUGAUUAUCUGGGAUGAGAUCCUGUCCUAAUCAAUCACUAAUUAUCUGGGAUGAGCUCCUGUCCUAAUCAAUCACUGAUUAUCUGGGAUGAACUCCUGUCCUAAUCAAUCACUGAUUAUCUGGGAUGAGUUCCUGUCCUAAUCAAUCACUGAUUAUCUGGGAUGAGUUCCUGUCCUAAUCAAUCACUGAUUAUCUGGGAUGAUCUCCUGUCCUAAUCAAUCACUGAUUAUCUGGGAUGAGUUCCUGUCCUAAUCAAUCACUUAUUAUCUGGGAUGAGAUCCUGUCUUAAUCAAUCACUGAUUAUCUGGGAUGAGAUCCUGUCUUAAUCAAUCACUGAUUAUCUGGGAUGAGUUCCUGUCCUAAUCAAUCACUGAUUAUCUGGGAUGAGUUCCUGUCCUAAUCAAUCACUGAUUAUCUGGGAUGAGAUCCUGUCCUAAUCAAUCACUGAUUAUCUGGGAUGAGCUCCUGUCCUAAUCAAUCACUGAUUAUCUGGGAUGAGAUCCUGUCCUAAUCAAUCACUGAUUAUCUGGGAUGAUAUCCUGUCCUAAUCAAUCACUGAUUAUCUGGGAUGAGAUCCUGUCCUAAUCAAUCACUGAUUAUCUGGGAUGAGCUCCUGUCCUAAUCAAUCACUGAUUAUCUGGGAUGAGCUCCUGUCCUAAUCAAUCACUGAUUAUCUGGGAUGAGUUCCUGUCCUAAUCAAUCACUGAUUAUCUGGGAUGAGUUCCUGUCCUAAUCAAUCACUGAUUAUCUGGGAUGAUCUCCUGUCCUAAUCAAUCACUGAUUAUCUGGGAUGAGUUCCUGUCCUAAUCAAUCACUUAUUAUCUGGGAUGAGAUCCUGUCUUAAUCAAUCACUGAUUAUCUGGGAUGAGAUCCUGUCUUAAUCAAUCACUGAUUAUCUGGGAUGAGUUCCUGUCCUAAUCAAUCACUGAUUAUCUGGGAUGAGUUCCUGUCCUAAUCAAUCACUGAUUAUCUGGGAUGAGAUCCUGUCCUAAUCAAUCACUGAUUAUCUGGGAUGAGCUCCUGUCCUAAUCAAUCACUGAUUAUCUGGGAUGAGAUCCUGUCCUAAUCAAUCACUGAUUAUCUGGGAUGAUAUCCUGUCCUAAUCAAUCACUGAUUAUCUGGGAUGAGAUCCUGUCCUAAUCAAUCACUGAUUAUCUGGGAUGAGCUCCUGUCCUAAUCAAUCACUGAUUAUCUGGGAUGAGUUCCUGUCCUAAUCAAUCACUCUGGGAUGAGAUCCUGUCCUAAUCAAUCACUGAUUAUCUGGGAUGAGUUCCUGUCCUAAUCAAUCACUCUGGGAUGAGAUCCUGUCCUAAUCAAUCACUGAUUGUCUGGGAUGAGAUCCUGUCCUAAUCAAUCACUGAUUAUCUGGGAUGAGCUCCUGUCCUAAUCAAUAACUGAUUAUCUGGGAUGAGCUUCUGUCCUAAUCAAUCACUGAUUAUCUGGGAUGAGAUCCUGUCCUAAUCAAUCACUGAUUAUCUGGGAUGAGUUCCUGUCCUAAUCAAUCACUGAUUAUCUGGGAUGAUUUCCUGUCCUAAUCAAUCACUGAUUAUCUGGGAUGAGCUCCUGUCCUAAUCAAUCACUGAUUAUCUGGGAUGAGAUCCUGUCCUAAUCAAUCACUGAUUAUCUGGGAUGAGCUCCUGUCCUAAUCAAUCACUGAUUAUCUGGGAUGAGUUCCUGUCCUAAUCAAUCACUCUGGGAUGAGGUCCUGUCCUAAUCAAUCACUGAUUGUCUGGGAUGACUGGCCACCAGAAAAACUAUUGUGAGGAAGGAUAUGGGCAUCGGUGAACAACGAAUGGUUGCUUUGUGAGUAUAAUGUAUAUUCUUAUCCCGAUCUGGUCCAUAUAUCUAUUGAUGUGUUUGAGCUCUGACAUGUCUUUACAUAGAUAUCUGUAUGUUCUCUGUUUUGUGUAAUGCAACAAUAAAACACGUCUGUACAUGAUU